CACGUUUUCGCGGUCUUUUGGUCUCUCUGCCAGUCGGCGUCUGUUCGUUUCUGGGGAAAUUGAUUUCAUUUUUGUUUAAAGUUUUAAGUGCUAAGUAAAUAAUAAUUAGCAAAGAUGUCGAUGUUUUGGGGUCUUAGCAUGAAGCCUAACCGCAAAUACACCCAGACGAUUGUCAAAUCGUUUCAUAUAUCGGGUGUGGCCCUGGACAAAGGUGAUGAGGCUAAAUUAUACCUUAUGGCCGAGAAGCAGAAGUACAUUGUGGCCACCGUGUCUAAAACCAUUCCCCAGGUGCCUUUGGAUUUGAAUUUUAGCAAGGGCGAUCAGAUCAUGUUCCAGACCACCGGUGAUGCCACUGUUUCCCUGUUGGGCUACUUGCAUGAUAUCGACUCGGACGAAGACGACGAGGAUUUCAACAUCGAGAAUGUGCUGAAGGGCAUAAGCAAAAAAAACGGAAAGGCCGAUGAAGAUGAGGACGAAGAUGACGAUGAUGAGGAAGAUGAGGAUGAUGAGGAUGAAGACGAGGAUGUCGAUGAUAGCCAGCUUAUGGAAGAAUACGAGUCUUUCCUUGAGAAUGGAGAGGAGGAGGAUUCUGAGGAUGACGAAGAUGAGAGCGGCGAAGAUGAGGAGGACUCUGAUGAUGAGGAGGAGGAGGUAGUGGAGGAGCCUAAGGCAAAACAGGCCAAACUUUCACCUGGCGCCAAAGCUAAGGGAAAGCCAGCCAAAGAACAGAACGGCGUGGCCAAGAAGGACCAGCCCAAGCAGCAGCAGCAGAAGGCAAAAGGUGACAAACCUGAGUCUAAAAAGGAGGAGCCCAAUCAAAAGCAGGCCCAACAAGCUGCUGGAGGGGAGCGCACAGUCAGUGGCGGCGUGAAGGUAUCGGAUGUUGUGGUUGGCAAAGGAGACGAAGCUAAGUCCGGAAAGCGCGUCUUUGUUUACUACACUGGUCGCCUGCAGUCGAACAACAAGACCUUCGACAGCCUCGCCAAGGGCAAAGGAUUCAAGUUUGCAUUGGGUCGUGGCGAGGUGAUCAAGGGCUGGGACGUGGGUGUUGUCGGCAUGAAGGUUGGUGGCAAGCGCCGCGUCACCUGCCCUCCGCAUAUGGCUUACGGUUCGCGCGGAGCCCCUCCGAAGAUCCCACCCAAUUCAACACUGGUCUUCGACGUGGAGCUGAAGGCUGUCCAGUAAUCGGCCCCACAUCAUAUAGACUUGUAAACGUAGCUCUAAGAAUCCGCAUCGUACAACCCUUUGAGAAAAACUGAUAAAAUGUUGAAUAAAUGCACGUUGUUUUCUACGCUGUUCAAAAAUCAA